GGCAGUCGUCCCCGGCCAAGAGAACGCGGUCCCUCCAUCUCUCAGCCCCCGGCCGACGGCUCCCGUCUUCCGCGAGGCUGAUGCGCCGUGAUGGGCAAAGCCAAGCUGUCAUAUCCCACACACACACCUCGACUCAUGGCAUUGCGGGCCAUGCCACCCGGGUUCGUGGUUUUACCAAGAUCCGCUGUGCAUCUCGGACUCUGUCCCCCCCCCUCUCGGUCAUGAUUUCCACGCUGGGACGAAGGUGCCCACGGCUCCAUCAGUCGACCAGGCUGGCCGUGACAGUGACAGCGGAUGCGACGAGGUGUUGUAACCAAAAAGGUUUACGCCCUCCCCCCCCCAAAGGAGUUCCAGGUGCGGUCGGCGGAGACUUCUUCACGCAAGAUGAUGUCAGAUUCGCGGUGGGCCAGAUCUGUCCCGGGGCAUUAACCUCGCUUUUUUCCCCCCUUCUUCUUUUUCCCGCCCUUCCUGCGUUAAUCUCUUCCGCCAGUUGCAAUCGUUCCCAGCCUUGGUUUCGUCUGCCUGCCCCUCCCCUCCCCCGGGGGGCCUUGGUCUAAUGCUUCUAAUUUAGAGUGUGGUUCUGCUGCCCACCUGUCAAUGUCCAUGUCCCCGUUCUGCCCAGCGUUUCGAGGACGAAGCCGGGAUGGGGAGAGGGGUUCAAA